CUUUGCAGGCUCCCAGGAGGCCCUGGCUGGGCUGCCCCCCGAGAAGGGCCCCUCUGCGGCUCCCAUGGAGGCCCCCGCACCCACGAUGACGACGAACGCCGAGCCCCCUGCGGCCCUCCACUGCCACCAGUGCCGCGGCCCCUGCUCCCCCAGUCAGAGCCAGCAGAAGCUCCAGGCCCAGAGGAAGCUCCGCAUCGCGUGCGCCGUCUGCUUCCUCUUCAUGCUGGGAGAGGUCAUCGGGGGCUACCUGGCCCACAGCCUGGCCAUCAUGACGGAUGCAGCCCACCUGCUGACGGACAUGGGCAGCAUGGGGGUCAGCCUCUUCUCCCUCUGGGUCUCCACCCGGCCGGCCACCAGGACCAUGACCUUCGGCUGGCACCGCACAGAGACGCUGGGGGCGCUGGCCUCGGUCCUCUCCAUCUGGACCGUCACGGCGGUCCUGGUCUACCUGGCCUCGGCCCGCAUCAUCAGCAACGACUACGAGAUUGAGGCCUCUGCCAUGCUGGGCACCUCCGCCUGCGCCGUCGGGGUCAACAUCAUCAUGGCCUACCUCUUGCACCAGUCUGGCUCCCCGCAUAGCCACCACUGCCUGGGCCAAGGGGGCUAUGAGCGGAUCGGGGAGAGCCCCUGCGGGGGCCCCUUAGUUCCCCGCAGCAACACCAGCGUCCGGGCCGCCUUCGUCCAUGUUGUGGGGGACCUGCUCCAGAGCAUUGGGGUCUUUGUGGCUGCCACCGUCAUCUACUUCAAGCCCCAGUACAAGAUCGCGGAUCCCGUCAGCACCUUCCUGUUCUCCGUCUUCGUCCUGGGAUCCACGGCCACGAUCCUCCGUGACGUCUUCCGGGUCCUCAUGGAAGGGGCCCCGCGAGGCGUGGAGUUCCAGGCGGUGAAGGAGCUGCUGCUCUCGGUCAAAGGAGUGAAGGCCACUCAUGACCUGCACCUCUGGGCCCUGACCCUCAGCCACCACAUGGUGGCCGUCCACCUGGCCAUUGGUGGAGCGCUACCAGGAAGACAUGGCCGCCUGCCGCCAGUGCCAGGACCCUCGGGACUGAGGCCGGGACCACCCACUCACCCACCCUCGGCGCCUGCACUGCCAGCCUCCUGCUGCCCAAGGGGGGGGGUCCACCCGUGUUCGGCCAGAGCGUGCGGAGGAGCCCCCCACUGAAGAGAGGGGCGGACCGGCCCCCUCCCAUCUUCGUGCCACAUUCCAGCCAGACGGAGGGAGGCCGCCGACGCUUCCCUUGCCCAUCUCUGCCUCAGUGUCUUUAAUGUGCCUGCUGAGGGAUCCGGGCCUCCAGCGGUCAAGGAGAGGCCGCCCUGACCCUCGGCCAGGCCGCCUCCUCCUCUUGUAUCUGUCUCUGCAUGUGUGUGUGCGUGUGUGUGUCAUGCUAGCAGCAAACACUUGCACUAUGGAUGUCUUUUUUUGGUCCAGGAAGGGAGGUUGGAAGGAAGACCCUCCCAAAAGGGUGACCCGAGCGACCCUCUGCCCGGUCUCCAGGCACUGUCCACUCUUUCCUCUUCCCAGCCAGGAGCCCAAGCUGCCUUUUGUGUGUCACGCUAAGUAACAGCAAACAC